AGAUUCCUUAAAUUUAGACAAUGCAAGCAAAGAAUUGAUUCCAUUACCUUAUUCCCAUUCGACAAUAUCACUUCAUUCUUUCCCAUCUUCAUUAUCAUUCUCAUUCAUCUUUUCCUGUUCUUUUCAUUAUAUUCCCACCCUUUUCACUAUUUGAAUCUCAAACCAUAAAUCAUUUGGAGUUGUUUUGUUUCAUAUUAGGGAAAGACAAAGGUAACACUACAACUAUUAUCUUUACUUAAGGACAAGUAAUCAUAAUAGUUCUCAAACUGUGGAGAAAAGUGAAACUGAAUCUCUAUACCAAACAAAAAAAGUAUACAUUGUCAUUUUCCAUAUGUAUAGCUCAAAGGAUAAUGACAGUAGAAUAGUCAUCACAAGAGGCAGUGACGGUGGUGGCAGCAGUGGCGGUGGCGGUGGAGGAGAAUCCUCAUCGAGCAGUUGGCAGACAUCUCAGCUGAAAACCACAAAGAGGACUAAAACUAUUCAUCCACCUAUUGAAAAUCAUUGGCAGCUGCCUCCUGUAAAGCAAGAGAAAAAAAUUUCUUCUUCUUCUUCUUCUGGAGGCUUCAAAUCCAUGUUGUCAUACCCUCUCAAGCUUGGUGGAACAUUGAAAAAGAUUGGAAGGACUAAGAGCCUGCAACAAGUUCUUGAGGGGAACCAUGAUCCUAAAGAUGAACAGCUUGUUCAAUCUUUUCGAGAAAUGCUUUUUCUUGAGGUUCAGCUUCCACCAAAACACAAUGAUUAUCAUACCCUUUUGAGAUUUCUUCGAAUGAGGGACUUUAAUUUUGCUGAAGCUAAAGAAAUGUUCUUGAACUAUCUUAAAUGGAGAGAAGAGUAUAGAGCUGAUGCUAUUCAAAAGGAGUUCAAAUUUGAGGAGCUUGACAGGGUCAAGAAGUGCUAUCCACAUGGUUUUCAUGGUGUUGAUCGAAAUGGGAGACCAGUAUACAUAGAAAGGAUUGGGAUGAUUGAUCUAAAUGAACUAUUACAAGUAACAACGGUUGAAAGAUUUGUCAGAUACCAUGUGUCAGAACAAGAGAAGACAUUGAAGUUCAGAUACCCUUCAUGUUCUAUUGCAGCAAAAACUCAUGUUGCUUCAACCACAAGUAUUCUAGAUGUGCAAGGAGUGGGAUUGGCUAAUUUCUCAAAGCCUGCAAGAUAUAUCUUCAUGGAAAUUCAGAAGAUUGAUAGUUGUUACUACCCGGAGACUAUGCAUCGUCUGUUUAUUGUGAAUGCUGGUUCUGGGUUUAGAAUGCUGUGGAAAGUAGUCAAGGCUUUUCUAGAUGCACGUACUCUAGCCAAGAUUAAGGUGCUGGGAUACAACUACCUUAAUGAUUUGCUUGAAGUUAUUGACCUGAGUUACUUGCCCACAUUUCUGGGUGGAAACUGCACGUGUUCUGACUACGGUGGCUGCUUGUUAAGUGACAAGGGACCCUGGAAUGAUCCAGACAUUGCAGAAAUUGUUCAGGCAAUUACAACAACAGAUGAGAACAACAAUGGUGAGGAAGAAGAGAUUGGAGCAGCUUCAAAGUCUGCCUUGGCACGCAAUAUGAAAAUCAGGGGUUUGGAAACAGCACUUGCAGAGACCAAAACAAAAAUUGAGGCAUUGGAAGAUCUACUUGAUGAAACCAAGAGAGCCUUGGAAGGGCUGGCUCUGCAUAUUGAAGACCUAAGAGGUUUUUAGGACAAUUUCAACUCAUUACAUCUCAUUAUUCUUGUCUUCUUUUCUCUCUUAUUCUUCCUACAAUCAAACCCAAUAUUUGUAUGUAUUAUAUAACCCACAUUAUCAAAUUAUUAUUGGAGUUCACAUGUGCAACAGUGAGUCAUAAAAGUGUAAAAAAAAUUAAGUGUUGCAUGCAAAGAUUCCUUUUUUGCCUUAUUGGGUAAUAGAAAAGUGCA